UUGCCAGCUUCACAAACACAAUGGCGCAAGUGGAAGUAAACAAUGUAACUGUUUCUCAGGGGUUUCGUAUGAUGUUCAGUCUGAUUACGCCAAAUGAAUCGUCAUUCGCGACUCUAGAAGAAGUGCCCACAUACGUCGACCAGGCCACACCGUAUUUCGUUGGUUUGAUGCUGGUGGAGCUGGUGUUGGGAUGGUUAAAGGCGGACCACCCUAACAUCAAGAUCAAUGACUUCAUUACGUCUCUGCUUGCUGGGAUGAUGUCACGUCUCCCUCAGCUUAUAGUAAGAAGUCUGGAGCUGUCCGCUUAUAUCUAUGUCUGGAGUAACUUCCAUUUAUUGGAGCUUCCCUGGGAUUCAGCUUGGACGUGGUGGCUUGCGUUUUUUGGUGUGGACAUGGGAUACUACUGGUUUCAUCGGUUCGCCCAUGAGUUAAACUUCUUGUGGGCCGCUCAUCAGGUGCACCACAGCUCUGAAUACUACAAUCUGUCUACAGCACUACGCCAGUCUGUCACCCAGCAGUUUGCUUCAUGGGUGUUUUACCUUCCAUUGGCACUGGUGGUCCCUCCAUCUAUAUUUGCUGUGCACAUACAAUUUAACCUUCUCUAUCAGUUCUGGAUCCAUACCGAGCUGGUCAAAGAUCUCGGGCCUCUGGAGUGGAUUUUAAAUACUCCCAGCCACCACAGAGUUCACCAUGGACGAAACCGAUACUGUAUUGAUAAGAAUUAUGCGGGAAUAUUGAUCAUAUGGGACAGGAUGUUUGGUACAUUUACUCCAGAAAGUGAUAAAGUUAUCUAUGGACUCACACACCCAAUCAACACGUUUGACAUCUGGUCUGUUGAGUUUCUUUAUUACCCGUACCUGUGGCAGAGGUUCUGGGAAGCUGAUGGAAUUUCAAACAAGCUGUCCGUCAUUUUUAAAGGCCCAGGCUGGACUCCAGGAAAACCGAGACUGGGAGACAUUGCGGAUAUUCCCGAGAUUACAGGAGAAGAAAAGCCCUAUGCUCCCGAAUGGUCCCCUGUGUUGCAAGCCUACGUAUUCCUACACUUCUUACUUCUGCUGGGUGUCUAUGACAACUUGUUAACAGAACAAGCGAUACUCUCUGAGAUGGCUGUAAUUCUGAUGACCGUUUAUGUAUUACUUUCCCUGACAUCCCUUGGGUUCAUUAUGGACCAGAGGGCUGAUUCUGCCGGGUGGGAGAUGCUGAGAUGUUUUCUUUUAAUGGCACUUUAUCGGUUUGGUUACAUUAGGACUCUGGACAUCUUGGCUUUUGUAACUGAGGCUUUUGUCUUGAUCUCUGCAGUGUACUGGACUAUACAGUGUGUGAACCAGCAAACUAACAAGGUGAAGAAACAAAACUAGAGAAACUGACAUCAACAAACAUUUUUUCUUAACUUUCAGAAAAAGCUCAUAUUUGCUAUACUAUAUACUAGCCUACUAUAUUAUGCCAUGCUCUACUGUACUACACUAAUUGUUGAAAGCUAAGCUGUCAGUAAGCAACAUGGAUAAGCUUAAAUACAGAAGGUACCUAGUUUAUAUCAAGAUUGAAUAGCAUUAUUUGAACAUUUCAAAGUUUCAAUGUAUACAGAAAGUACCUGACCAGGCCUAUAACUAAACAAUGGAGGACCAACAUGUUUUUAUGAUAAUGUGAUUUAUUUUUUAAUUAAUUUAUAAUCUUUUAUAGAUCUUAAUGUUCUUGUAACAGUAUAUAAUAAACCUAAUAUACCUCAUAAUAAAGAUCUGCUCACUGUG